AUGGGCAACCACACUGCUGAACGCUACUUUUGUCUCCUUGGGCUCUCUAACAAUCACAACCUCCAAGUUUUCUUCUUUUUCUUGUUCUUGGUGAUUUAUCUGCUAACCCUGAUAGCAAAUGGUAUGAUUAUGCUGGUUGUAAGAACCAACCCUAAUCUCCAGAACCCCAUGUAUUUCUUCUUGAGCCACCUCUCUUUCCUCGAUGUGUGUUACUCAUCCGUCACUUCCCCAAAGAUGCUGGCAACCAUGAUCACAGAUCAGAAGACCAUAUCUGUCAGUGGGUGCUUCACUCAAGCAUUCUUUAUUUUGCUCUCAGCUACUACAGAGGUUUUUGUCCUCUCAGCAAUGGCCUAUGACAGAUACGCUGCCAUAUGUAAACCGCUGCGCUAUAUGGAAAUAAUGAAUAUAGCAUUCUGUCGUAAGCUAGUGGCCACUGCAUGGAUGAUUGGCUUCUUCUAUGCACUUGCAAACACAUUGCCACUGCUAAGGCUACAAUUCUGUGGAUCAAACAUCAUCAGGCAUUUCAGCUGCGAGCUCCCUACUAUCAUCUCUCUGUCCUGCAAUGGAACAUUAAUCAACAAAAUGGUUUUCUACAUUUGUGGAGGUGCUGUUGGGCUGGUCUCUCUCUUUCUCACCAUGUUGUCCUACAUUUACAUCAUUUCCACCAUCCUAAAAAUUAAUUCCACUGUGGGGAGACGUAAAACAUUCUCAACCUGUAGCUCCCAUCUCAUUGUAAUUACUCUUUUCUAUGGAAUGGGUUAUUUCCGGUACCUUAGACCAAGCUCAGCUUUGUCAAUACUCUUGGAUCAAAUAUUUUCCAUAUAG